CUAAUUGCGCUGCAAGGCAAGGCGAGGGAGCUGUGGGCAGGAACGCCAGCGGGUCACAGACUUACAGAGCGAGCUACGGGAGGAAGGCAGAGAGGGAGACGAACCAGCUGGAUUGUCGAUUGCGAGUUGAAAACGAGGGAGGAGAAGACUCAGAAGAAGCUGGAGGGCGAAAUUGCCAGGAAUUGUUGCCGAGUGGAAAGGAGAGGCGGAAGGGUGGAUGUGGCUUGGCCUGGAAGCACGAGAGGCAGGCAUAGGAGACAUCGAUAGACGGAGAUGGACUAUGGAGGAAAAGGGUCCGAGUCUACUGUAUUGUAGCGUAUGUAUUUUCUGGAUAGAGGACAAUGGAUUCGCCUUGACUUUGGACCCAUGCAUUUCCCUCGAGCUACAGGCAGUGAAUUAGUGAAUGAAUUAGUGAAAGACUGACUCACACGCUCCUGCGCUCCUGCUGGAGUGAAGAGCAAUCAUCAUUCGUCGCCCUUCUCCUUCUCGCUCGCUCCUCCUCCGCCCAGAGGCUUCCUUCCUUCCUUCCUUCCUUCCUUCCCUUCCCUUCCCUCCCUCCCUCCCUCCCUCCCUCUGCUCUGUUCUGUUCUGCUGCUUCGGCGCUGUUGUGGAGCCUGUUGUGGUCGGCUGCUCGGUUCAAUCCUGUUACGAGCGGUAGAAUGAAAAAUUGGCAGAAGUGGAGAAAAGAGUGUUGCAGGCCGAGAGCAAUCUCCAGUAUCUUGGUCUAUUCUUAGCUCGCGUACUGUAUUUAGGACGAAUUGAAUUUUGAGGGCCGGGCGUUGGUCGAUGGAAUGGCUGAUUGCCUGACUCUCUGACCGACAGACCGACGCUCGCUAGUUCGAGCAUUUGUAGAGAGCGAGCUCAGAGCUGUGUGUUAUCCACUUGUUUUUUUUAUCUUCUUCUUGUCAGAGUGUCGAAGGCAGCUCAUCGAUAGUUUCGAAGGCAGUUCGCAUCACCAAUCUGUCAACGAGAAUUCCCAGGGCAGGGCGGGACAGUUCCCAACCUCGACGACGUUUCUUCGUGCUUUUUUUUCUUGGUGAAAACGAUGUUAAACAGAUUCACAGCGAGGCUGCGAAGUAGUAGGUCAAGCGGCGGCAAACUCGAGAAAGACAGAAGCUUCGCAUAUGGCAAAAUGCAAAAGGACGAUGUGGCCUCGGCGGGCGAGGGCGAGGUGACGAACUCGGAGUCGGGCCGCCAUUCCACUUCGUCGUGGAAGGAUGAAGAGGAGGUGGACGAUGGCGAUACGCCGAGGUCGUUCGCUGAGUCCUUGUUCCCGCUGGAGCCCGUCGGCGAGCAGCCGCAGCAGCUGGCCAAAGUGCCCCGGCCGAUCGGCGACAAUCAUCACAGCCAUCGCAGCCAACUGGGUCUGCUCAGCCUACAGAAGCAGCCGAGCUCGCGGGAGGAGAGUGUGUCGGGCGACAGCUACGGCGCAGAGGAGACCACCAGCAGACGAAGCGUGCUCGCAUCCUCGUCCGUCCUGGAAAACGACAUCAACAUCGGCUCAGCUGUUUUGGCGGACUACGACGAUGCGGAAGAGGAAUUUCUCGGCGAGUACGAGGAGUAUUUCGAUCAUCUCUCCGUCGACCUGAUCAGAAAAGAGCAGUAUCCGAAGCUCGAAUCCCAGCGAUUGGUGUACCUCGACUACGCCAAAUGCGGGCUCUACUCAGCUUUCCAGGUCGAAGAGCACACGAGGCUGCUCAUGGAAGAAGGGCCCUGCCUGGGCACGGCCGAGGCCGACGCAUUUCCGCAUCUGUCGAACCACGUGGGAGAUGCGCACGACUCCAUCCUGCAGCUCUUCAACACGGACCGAGCCACGUAUUCCAUCGUUUUCACCACGGGACUCGCAUCAGCAUUUGCCAUGGUGGGAGAAGCUUAUCCAUUCCAGAAGAACACGCCGCUGCUGCUGUGCCAAGACAAUCACGAGGCGGUCAAGAGGCUGAUGGCGCCAGCGCUGGAGAAAGGCGCCAAACCAGCUCUGGCACCCCUGGGAGAAUCCGAUUUCUCGCUGCACUCUCAAGAGCUGCGCAAGGUGCUGCACAGGCACGCUCGACACCAGAGCAACGGAGGGCUGUUCGUGUACCCGGCGCAAUCGUGCGCAUCGGGGGUGCUGCAUUCCAUCAACUGGGUGGCCGAAGCGCAACAGAAUGGCUGGCAGGUUCUGCUCGACACCUCGACCUUUCUGCCGACGGGCGACUUGGACUUGUCCCUGUACCAGCCGGAGCUCGUCCUGGGAUCGAUCAUGCACCUCUUGGGCUACCCGUCGGGAAUGGCAUUCGUGCUCGUGCGCAAAGAGGAUUUCAAGGUGCAGAUGGACAAGAAGGUGAAGUUCGUCCCGGCCACUCCGUCGUCCUCGGGGCACCAGGAGAGGGACUGCGUGAUCGUCGACGACGACAAUGUGCUCAGCCCGCUGUCGUUCGCCGCCGUGCACAUCGGCCUCAGACAUCUGGACGUCGUGGGCCACGAGGCCGUGCAGAAGAGGGUGCGAUCGCUGGCUGCGUGGUUGCUGCAAAUGCUGCUGUCUCUCAAGCAUCAGGGCGAGCCCGGGCCGCCUCUCACGCAAGUCUACGGCCCUCUGAGCACCAAAACCCGAGGAAGCAUCGUCGCCUUCAAUGUGCUGGACUCGACGCAGAGCCCGAUCCCCGCGCAGCUGGUGCAGAGCCUGGCUCUCAAGAACAACAUCAUCCUCGGAGCCGGCUCGCAGAGUAGCCCUGGGCUCAUGAACCUCUUGCUCAAAGCUUCCGAGCGCGUGAAGGACAUCAGCGUGUUCGACCCCAUGCGCAAGAGCAGCAGCUCCGUGGAGCAGCCCGGUUUGGUCUGUGUGUCGUUGGGCCCCAUGUCCACCUUCCGAGACGUAUACAGGCUCGCUCAGUUCCUGUCUCGAUUCCGGGACGAAGAUUACCUGGCCGGCGAGGCCAUGGAUUUCUACGAAGAAACCUCAGCCGAACGAGUCCCGAGUUAGUGCCAGAUUAUUGUUUUGUACUUGUACUGUAAGCACGAAGAGAGAGAGAGAGAGAGUAGAGCAAGUUUUUUCGAUGGUUUUUACCUCCACCGGUGCUGAGACAGAUUCAUUGUAAACACCAGUCUUUGUAUAGUUCGGGCAGCGUGAUGAGAUCAAAAUACGAGCGUGUCCUUUCGCGGAGCUUCACGAGAAUCAGAGCGAAGAAUGCAGCACAGCAGCAGCAGCAGCAGCGGAAAAGAGCCGGAGCGAGCGAAGCAGCUUCUGGACCACAGAGGAGGAGGGGGAAGGGCAGGAACUCCAAGUAUAUGACAUGUAAAGAAAAUCUGGAGAUGCAAAAUUCUCCGGUAUGUAUUAUAAAAAUGCGGGUGCCACACAAUCAUGGCGACGUACAUACAUACAAAGGCAGGUUGUGCCUACCCAGUUGUGUUUGGUGAUUUUAC